AUGACGGGCGAACUGGACUUCGCUCCCACUUGGAACGACGACCUCCAAGGCCUCAAAGAAACUUUGACGAGGUUCAGCGUACCAUUCGAGGUGCUCAACGGGGCCCAAGUGAACGAACGUUUCCCGGGGUUCUCUUUGCCAGCCAACAGCCAUGCAGUGUACAACCCGUUGGGUGGUGUGCUCAAUUCUAAGCUGGCGAUGGCCACGAUGCAGAAAGUGGCCACCCGACUGGGAACGGAGUUCCGUGAGCAUAGCCCUGUAAAGAGUGUAGAGGGCGAACAUCAAGCUGGAGGAGCCCCACUCGCUAUCAUCACGCUGGCCAACGGAGUGGUCAUGCGUGGCCGUCAGUGCAUCGUUACUGCGGGUCCCUGGACGAAGAAACUACUGAAGCUGUCGGGGUCGGACAAUGUCAGACUGCAACCGAUCGCGACGUUCGGAGCUUACUGGAGAUGCGAGCAGGAGAUAUACAAGCCCGACAAGUUCCCCGUGUUCAUCAAGUACGGAUACCCGGAAGUGUACGUCUUGCCAAUGAUGAAUGCUUAUGAAGGUGUGAAGAUCUGCCGCCAUGACGGACCGGAUGUCAACCCUGAUGAACGUCAAGGGGUGAAUCAGCCUAAGAACGAGGAGAAAUGGCUGCAGACUUUCGUCGCUGAAAACUUCUCGAGUGUGGACUCGAAUACGCCCAACCAAGUGAACCACUGCAUGUACACCAUGACCCCAGACUCCAACUUCAUCCUCGAUUUCCUUCGGGUUCCUGCGAGUGCUGGUGACCCGACUGCGACGAAGAGAAUUAUCGUGGGAGCUGGCUUCAGUGGUCACGGAGCGAAAAUGACCCCAGUGAUCGGUCAGAUCCUUACUGAUCUGGCGAUAAAGGGAGGAUCCAAUCACCCCACUGAGGUGUUUCGUAUCACGAGGGUGGCUGCUCCACAAGAACACUACUCGUUUCCAAGGAGCAGUUUGUGA